AUGAGCAGUCCAUCUCGUCCAUGGUAUCGCAUUCGGUGGUUCGCUGACGAGGACACCGCCGAGGAGCGACGGCUGAUCGUCAAGCUUGACCUGCUCAUCGUCCCAUAUGCCUUCUUAGCUUACUGGGUGAAAUAUAUCGACCAGGCCAACAUCAACAAUGCCUACGUCUCUGGAGUUAAGGAGGACUUGAACCUGCAGGGCAAUGACUUGGUUCAGCUGCAGACCAUGUACACCGUUGGCGCUGUUGUCGGGCAGAUACCCUUCGUCUACCUAUUUACCAAAUUACCCAUUUCCUGGCUGAUUCCGAUUUUGGAUAUCGCGUGGGGUGUCUUCACGUUGUUGCAGUUCCGCGCAAGUUCCUUCGGCGAGCUAGCAGCCUAUCGAUUUCUGGUCGGAUGGUUUGAAGCCGCCUUCUUCCCGGGAAUGCAUUAUAUAUUUGGUGCCUGGUACCGUGGAGAUGAAAUCGCCCGUCGGGGUGGCUGCUUCUACGUCGGCCUCACAUUGGGAACUCUCACAGCGAGUCUGAUCCAAUCUGGAGCGUCGGCCCGACUUGACGGCGUGCAUGGUCUCGCCGGUUGGCGGUGGAUGUACAUUGUCUGUGCUAUCAUCACCAUCCCAAUCGGAAUUCUAGGUUUCUUUAUCUUGCCCGGCACUCCCGACAAGCCCAACCGGACGGUAUUGCGGUCCAAGGACGUUGAUCUCGCAAAGUCGCGACUUGCCAGAGUCGGCCAUGGCUUCCACUCAGAAUUCCAAUGGCGAUCUGUGAUUAACGUCGCUCGUAAUUGGAAAUUCUGGGCCAUGCUGUGGCUGGACAUCUUCUUUUGGAAUGCCUGUCUAAAUACUACUGCAGGGGGGUACUUGCUCUGGCUGAAAAGUCUGAAUAGGUUCUCAACAGCGCGGUUAAAUGAGUUGUCUGCUAUCUCACCCGCUCUGGGUAUCUUCUACACGUUGUUUAUCUGUUUCGCGUCAGAUCUUGUGCUGGGGCCAGCAUGGGCCAUCACUGUCUCGCAUAUCUGGAAUAUCAUCGGUCUGGUCAUUUUAGUCGUUUGGAACGUGCCUGAAUCUGCGAAAUGGUUUGCUUUUCAAACGACCUAUGCGGCUGUAGCGAUGUCAAGUGUGCUAUACGGUUGGAUCAACAGUGAGCUACGAGCAUCACCGGCGGAACGGUCGUUGGCCCUGGUAAUCACCAACACAAUUGCGCAGUCGACGACAGUGUGGACACCGUUGUUGGUUUUCAAAACAGUCGAGGGACCGCGAUUCACCAAGGGAUAUUCUUUUACUUUGGCGAGUGCGACCUGUCUGAUUGCGAUGGCGCAUUUGAUCCAAAAGAGGCAAAGUAGUCAAACCGACGGGGAGAGCUGGAUAGAGACCUCAGUGCAAGUACAAACAAAAGCUGGCUUAUAG